CUAAUUUUAGGAUUUAUAUUCACGCGCAUACACGGAUGCAUGCAUAAUUUCUCCGUCGCUCUGAUGCGGUAAAUGCAUGCACUCAGGAACAGGACAGUUCACGGAAUUAGUUGUUACGGAAUUGGGCUUCAUCGUUGAGAGAAGCGAUGGGACAUAUUCGGGGAUUAUUAUUCUAGACAGAGGGGCAGAGGUUUAAUACUUUCUGGAUUAACUCUGCAGUAAUCGGAACAGACUACGGCGGUGCUGAAAUUCAUGUGCGGACGUUUGAACGCUACCUCUGAAAUGAUCGGUUUUAAGAAAUGUUGCGGAACUCAUACAGCUGAAUUACACGGCUAUAAAAUUGGAGAAAGCGGUUUUUUAAACGUACCCCAGUUCACAAAUCCUCAAAGUUGUGUUUGCUGCAGGAAGCACCUGUAUUGGGGAGGUAAAAUGCAGACUCGGUUAACACGGCUGUGCCAGUGCUGAUUCUCAAGAACAAAUCCGUCCCGUAUUUGCUGCAAUCGCUAUAUAUAAAUAUCGAAAAACUGUUUCAUAUGGGCGAAGCGAGAAAUUGGUUCCGUUUCUGUUGGACACGGGCUCGCUGUCAAGAUUACGGUGCGUCAGAUCCAGAGAGGGAGAAACGAUGGGCCGAAAUGUUUGAGCAGCUGGACCAGAAUAAAGAUGGAAGAAUCGAUGUCAAUGAAUUCUGCACCGGAUUAACCGCCUGGGGAAUCGUUCGCAGUGAGGUUGACGAGAUUGUACGUGUGAGUGACACCAAUCACGAUGGCCAGCUGGACUUUGAGGAGUUUACACAGUAUCUGCGCUUGCAUGAAAAAGAGCUCAGACUCAUGUUCUGCAGUCUGGACAGCAACAACGAUGGUCACAUAGAUGUUGCAGAAAUACAGCUCUCCUUGCGCAGCCUCGGAGUGAAUGUAUCCACAGAGCAGGCCUCCAGAAUCCUGCAAAGCAUAGACAGAGAUGGCACUAUGACCAUUGACUGGAAUGAGUGGCGGGACCAUUUCCUGUUUAACCCCUUGCACAACAUAGAGGACAUUGCUUACCACUGGAAACACUCUCUGAUGUUGGACAUCGGAGAGCAGCUGACUGUGCCGGAUGAGUUCUCAGAGAAGGAGCGACGCUCAGGUGUGGUGUGGAGACAGCUGGUGGCUGGUGCAAUAGCAGGAGCAGUAUCCCGAACAGGAACCGCUCCCCUGGACCGCCUUAAAGUUUUUCUUCAGGUCCAAGGCUCUAGUGGGGUGAGUCUGUUGGGUGGUUUGUGGGGAAUGGUGCAGGAAGGAGGAUUGAGGUCUCUUUGGAGGGGCAAUGGCAUCAAUGUGCUCAAAAUUGCCCCAGAGUCAGCUAUCAAAUUUAUGUCUUAUGAGCAGAUAAAGUGGCUGAUCAAAGGCAGUAAGGAGGGUGGCACUCUGAGGGUUCAGGAACGGUUCAUUGCUGGCUCACUGGCUGGAGCUACAGCUCAGACUAUCAUCUACCCCAUGGAGGUGUUGAAGACUCGUCUGACCCUUCGAAAGACAGGACAAUACUCUGGUAUGGCAGACUGUGCCAAGCAGAUACUGCGUAAAGAAGGGGUGCGGGCGUUCUACAAAGGCUAUGUGCCCAACACACUUGGCAUUAUCCCUUAUGCUGGCAUUGAUCUGGCUGUCUAUGAGACUCUAAAGAAUGCCUGGCUACAGCGGUACUGCAUGGGUUCGGCUGAUCCUGGGGUUCUGGUGCUGCUCGGAUGCGGCACUGUGUCCAGCACAUGUGGACAACUGGCUAGUUACCCACUGGCUCUAAUCCGCACACGCAUGCAGGCUCAGGCCUCAGCAGAUGGCACUCCCCAGCUGUCUAUGGUUGGCCAGUUCAAACACAUUGUGUCCCAUGAAGGCAUUCCUGGACUCUACCGAGGCAUUGCCCCCAAUUUCCUCAAAGUCAUUCCUGCUGUUAGCAUCUCUUAUGUGGUUUAUGAGCAUAUGAAGAAAGCUCUGGGAGUGGGAUCUUAAAGACCGAAUCAGAGUUAAAGAGAAAAACAAAAACCUGUGUUAUAAGGAGGACGGUGAGACUUCUAAGCAUGGUCGAUGAAGUUAGGAAGAGACUAGAGAAUGGCAUAAGGAAGAAAGAGUCAAUGAAUGACCUAAAAACCUACUCUGCAUCGUACGCUAUCAUACCUGGGCAAUUUAUAUUUUAAUAGGAAAGAAAGAUGGUGUUGGGCUGUGGUUAUUUAGAACAAUGGUUGUGUUUAGAGCAUAUGUUCUUCUGUGACUCAUGGUUAUUUAACACUAUCUGCUGUUUCAUACCUACUAUUAUCACUAGAGGUGAGCAACAUUAUAGUACUUCAUUUUAUUGUAAUUGUAAUGUUGUUACCCUUAUGAUGAAUUUGGGGUAAAUUAACCAGAUAUUAUUAUUGCCAUCUGAUGAUAGUGAGUGAUGGUGGAAGUAUUUAAGAAGGAGAACCAAUUUUAUUUUAUUUUAUUUAUUUAUUUUUAUACGGUUAUAACCAAAGUUCCCCUCCUAAAAUUGACAGAAAUAUUUCAGAAUGAGUAUGGAAUGUUAAGAAAAGUCUCUUCUGUCUGAUGUUUCAUGACAUUUGCUGCAAAUGCCACUUAUGUAUGAGUGAUAUAGGCUAUUGAAUAGUACAUUUCAGGAGGGGUUUACCUUGUUUUACAAUCUAUUACUUCUACAUCUAUUUUUGUAAAGGACAGUGAGUGGUAAGCAUAAUAUACUAGAUUAAGACAAUCCUUUAUGAUUAAAGGGAUUUGCACUCUUCAAAAGAAAAUGAAAUUUUGUGAUGUUCUUUUAUGACAUCACUGCUGCUUUGCUACUUUUUUAUUUUAAUUUAUUUUUUUACAAUUGUAGCUUUUUCUGAUAUUUCAAUCCUAAUUGUUAUGGUGUGUAGACUGCAUGGUUUAGUGUUAAAAUUAAGUAAAUGGUAAAAUUAUUACCGUGAGCAACUAACAAAUGGAGAAACAACAAAGGUAUUAGAUAGGGGAGUAUAGAUGCGUUUUGCAUUAAAUGUGGAUGCUAAAUGUGUGGUGAUGAAUGCUGAAAAAUGUGGCCUAGAAUACAGAAAAUCUACAAAAAGGGCUUUUAACCAACAGGUAGUGCAUGUUAUCAAUUAUGUAAGUUGUGUCACAGUUUGCAUGUCUUAAUUACUUGCUUUAAGAGCUAUAAUUCUCCAUAUCAGAAAUAUGCAAACACUGUUAUAUUUACUGUUAUAUUUAAAGCUUAAACUUGAUGAUACAUUUUUGCUUAUCGUGCAAUACUAAGAUGCCAAUUUGAAUGUUUUAUCAGUUUAGUUUGGAUAUGGGUCAUUUAAAUAAACAUGUUUCUGAUUGGUUAAUACUGGCAACAUAUUAUAUCGGGAAACUCAAUCCUGCAUCCUGCUACUGGAGGUCCACCUUCCUGCAGAGUUCAGUUCUAACCAAAACACCUGGCUAUAAUAUUAAAAUAAAUGUUAUAUGUAAACCCAAAACCUUGAUUACCUUGUUUAAGUGUGUUGAUCAGAGUUGGAACUAAAAUCUGCAGGAAGGUGGACCUCCUCUGUCAUCGACUGUUAUAAUGAGGCAUGUAGCUGAAUAUUGAACUGUUCAAAAUGUUUUAGCUAUUCUAAAGUAGAAUAUUCAGAAUAAAAAGAACAUUCUAAAAGAUUUAAGAAAAAAUAAAAGUGUUUUUUGUUAAAAGUUUGCAUACCCUGGCAGAAAUUGCGAAAUUUUGGCAUUGAUUUUGAAAAUAUGACUGAUCAUGCAAAAAAACUGUCUUUUAUUUAAGGAUAGUGAUCAUAUGAAGCCAUUUAUUAUCACAUAGUUCUUUGGCUCCUUUUUAAAUCAUAAUGAUAGCAGAAAUCACCCAAAUGUCCCUGAUCAAAAGUUUACAUACCCUUGAAUGUUUGGCCUUGUUACAGACACACAAGGUGACACACACAGUUUUAAAUGGCAAUUAAAAGUUAAUUUCCCACACCUGUGGCUUUUUAAAUUGCAAUUAGUGUCUGUGUAUAAAUAGUCAAUGAGUUUGUUAGCUCUAACCUGGAUGCACUAAGCAGGCUAGAUACUGAGCCAUGGAGAGCAGAAAAGAAUUGUCAAAAGACCUGCGUAACAAGGUAAUGGAACUUUAUAAAGAUGUAAAAGGAUAUAAAAAGAUAUCCAAAGCCUUGAAAAUGCCAGUCAGUACUGUUCAAUCACUUAUUAAGAAGUGGAAAAUUCGGGGAUCUCUUGAUAUCAAGCCAAGGUCAGGUAGGCCAAGAAAGAUUUCAGCCACAACUGCCAGAAGAAUUGUUCAGAAUACAAAGAAAUACCCACAGGUAACCUCAGGAGAAAUAGAGGCUGCUCUGGAAAAAGACAAUGUGGUUGUUUCAAGGAGCACAAUAUGACGAUAUUUGAACAAAAAUGAGCUGCAUGGUCGAGUUGCCAGAAAGAAGCCUUUACUGCACCAAUGCCACAAAAAAGCCCGGUUACAAUAUGCCCGACAACACCUUUACACGCCUCACAGCUUCUGGCACACUGUAAUUUGGAGUGACGAGACCAAAAUAGAGCUUUAUGUUCACAACCAUAAGUGCUAUACUUGGAGAGGGGUCAACAAGGCCUAUAGUGAAAAGAAUACCAUCCCCACUGUGAAGCAUGGUGGUGGCUCACUGAUGUUUUGGGGGUGUGUGAGCUCCAAAGGCACGGGGAAUCUUGUGAAAAUUGAUGGCAAGAUGAAUGCAGCAUUUUAUCAGAAAAUACCGGCAGACAAUUUGCAUUCUUCUGCAUGAAAGCUGCGGAUGGGAUGCUCUUGGACUUUCCAGCACGACAAUGACCCCAAGCACAAGGCCAAGUUGACCCUCCAGUGGUUACAGCAGAAAAAGGUGAAGGUUCUGGAGUGGCCAUCACAGUCUUCUGACCUUAAUAUCAUCGAGCCACUCUGGGGAGAUCUCAAACGUGCGGUUCAUGCAAGAUGACCAAAGACUUUGCAUGACCUGGAGGCAUUUUGCCAAGACGAAUGGGCAGCUAUACCACCUGCAAGAAUUUGGGGCCUCAUAGACAACUAUUACAAAAGACUGCACACUGUCAUUGAUGCUAAAGGGGCCAAUACACAGUAUUAAGAACUAAGGGUAUGAAGACUUUUGAACAGGGGUCAUUUAAUUUUUUUUCAUUGUUGUCAUGUUUUGUUUUAUGAUUGUGCCAUUCUGUUAUAACCUACACUUGAAUAUGAAUCCCAUAAGAAAUAAAAGAAAUGUGUUUUGCCUGCUAACUCAUGUUUUCUUUAAAAAUGGAACAUAUAUUACCAAUUCUCCAAGAGUAUGCAAACUUUUGAGCACAACUGUAGUAAUCAAUUAUGUUCUAAAUGGCUAGACAUGUUACAGCUAGUUGCAUCUAAUGCAGAUUUAGUAACCAGAAUCUGAAUAUUCAAAUGCCUGCCUUUUCGGUUUUUGAUUACAACAUGGUCUUAAGUGUCAAUGCAUUAGGUAUCAUAAACAAACAAUUAACCGUAUUUUUUUACAGCGUUUAUUAUUCUUUGUUUAGUUAAUAAAAAUACAAUUGUUCAUUGUUAGUUCAUGUUAUUUCAUAGUGCAUUAACUAAUGAUAACAAAUACAACUUUUGUUUUUAAAAAUGUAUUAGUACUGUAUAUUGAAAUGAACAUUGACUGAUUAAUAAAUGCUGUACAAGUAUUGUCCAUUGUUUGUUCAUGUUAACUAAUAUUGACAAAUGUUAACAAAUGGAACCUUAUUGUAAAAUGUU